CCCCACUAACCUUUCCCCAUUUUAAAAUCCCCCAAUCCCCCCUCUUUAAACCGCCAAAUCCCCCAAAAUCUCACAAUGUCCGAACCCUAACCCUAAUUCAUCCUCCGGCGAUGAGAAAACCCCACCAGCACCGCCUCCUCGCCACCGAUCUAAUAGCCCUCCUCCUCCUCCUAACCCCUCUCCUAAUACUAACCCUAACCCUAAUCCCGACCUCCAAACCCCCUCAAUCCCCAACCCUCAAACCCCCAAAACCCCCUAAACUCGCUUACCUGAUCUCAGGAUCGAGCGGCGAUGGGAGUCGGGUCAAGAGGGUUCUUCGAGCGGUGUACCAUCCGCUGAAUCUGUACCUGGUGCGUUUGGAUCCCGGGGGCGGGGACGAGGAGAGGGCGGAUCUGAAGAGGUUCGUGAGAUCCGAGAGGGUUUUUGCGGAGUUUGGGAAUGUUAGGGUUCUGGAGGAUGCGGAUCACGUGACGAGCAAGGGGCCGACGGUGGUCGCGAUGGUGCUGCAUGCGGUGGCGGUCUUGUUGAAGGAGGGGAAGGAGUGGAGCUGGUUCGUCAAUUUGAGUGCUGAGGAUUAUCCUCUAAUGCCUCAAGAUGAUCUACUUCAUGUUUUUUCUUACCUGCCAAGAGAUCUCAACUUUAUUGAACACACAAGUGAUAUGGGCUGGAAAGAGAAUGAAAGGGCAAGACCAAUGAUUGUAGAUCCAGGUCUCUAUGGCUCGAAUAAAAAAGAUAUCUUUUGGGUUAAAGAUAAAAGAUCUAUGCCUUCUUCAUUUAAACUAUUUGUAGGCUCGUCUUCCAUGAUUCUCGCCCGACCUUUUCUCGAAUUCUGCAUUUGGGGAUGGGAUAAUCUUCCUCGAACCUUACUCAUGUACUACACAAACUACUUAUUAUCUUCCGAAGGCUACUUCCAUACCGUCAUCUGCAACUCCCAAGAAUUUCAGAACACCACCAUUAACCAUGACCUUCACUUUGUUAUGUGGGACAAUCAUCAUCAACCUCUCAACUUAACACCAGAGCAUUUUGAUCUCAUGAUCAAUAGCGGAGCUCCAUUUGGUCGUGGGUUUACUUCUGAUGACCUAAUACUUGACAGAAUCGACAGUAAGAUAUUGAGGAGACCAAGUGGGGGUUUUACACCGGGAGGGUGGUGCUUGGGGAGCUCUUUGCUGGGUAAGGAUCCUUGUGGUGUUAAUGGGAAACCAAGUGUUUUGAGACCGACAUUGAGUUCGAAGAGGCUUGAGAAGUUGCUGGUGAAACUCCUAGAUGCUGAGAAUUUCAGGCCUAAACAGUGUAUAUAGUUCAAAAACUGUAAUUUUGUAAAGGCUGCAUGUUUUUCAAGUUUGCGGGCAGUUUUGGAGGGUCAUGUUGAUAUGUUGGUGGAAAUAUUGAUUUGGAAAUGGAAGAAAUUUUUCUCACA